UCUACCAGUAACGAUGGGUUCUAUCUAGGGUUUAAGAAUUCGUAGUAGAAGCUCCCGGCGAAGCAAACCAAGUGCACGGCGGGAACGAGAGCAUUCGCGCCGCCUCCGCCGUUGCGGUGAGUUGCUGAUCAUGAGCUCUCCAAACAUCAAAGACCUUUUGACAACCUUCAACCCUGCUUCCGGGUUGUUUGCCAUCGCCUCCGGUGAUGGACGAAUCAAGAUAUGGGAUACAGUGAAGGGCCACUUGCAGAUGGAGUUCGCAGACCUUGCGCCAGCUGAUAAUGGAUUGGACAACAGUGCUGAGUCAAAAAGGGGCCAUCUUUCGCUGGAUUAUAAGUGCAUGCACUGGGUUCAGCUGGAGGAGAAGAAGAAAAAGAAGCUUCGAAUCUCAUUGCUAGUGUUGGGGACGGGUAGUGGUGAUGUCCUGGCACUUGAUGUGCCGCUUGGCCAGUUGAGAUGGAAGGUUUCUGAUUGUCAUCCUGGGGGUGUCAAUGCUGUAUCCUAUUCUAGGCAUCGUUCAUGUGUCUACACAGCAGGUGCUGAUGGUAUGGUUUGCCAGAUUGAUUUAUCUAAUGGGAGCGUUUUGGGAAAAUUCAAAGCAUCUACAAAGGCAAUUUCCUCUUUAUCUAUAUCUACAGAUGGAAAGACAAUGGCCACAGCCUCCGGGCAAUUGAAGCUUUUCAAUUGCUCAGAUCAUCAGAAGAUCCAGAAGUUUUCUGGGCACUCGGUUGCUGUCCGAUGCAUGACAUUCAGUGAAGAUGGUAAGUACAUUAUAUCCUCUGGAGUUGGUGAGAGAUACGUUGCCUUGUGGAGAACAGAUGCCGGAAAAAAGCAAUAUGCUAGCUGUGUGCUUUCAAUGGAGCAUCCAGCUGUCUUUCUGGAUGGCAAGGUUUCAGACUCGGAAGGUGCAGGUUUAUAUGUUUUGGCCAUUUCUGAAUUGGGUAUAUGUUAUGUCUGGUAUGGAAGUAAUGCUGAGGAUUUGCGGAAUAGCAAACCUACAAAGAUCUCAUUGUUAAUUGAAUCUGCCCCAAAGAAUAGUAAGGGUGCUGUAUAUGCGGCGAAGUUUCAAAGCAUUGUCGAAGCUAGCAAUUGUCAAAUUCUUGUUGCUUAUGGUUCCUUGGUAAAGCCAUUGUUUCAGAAGGUUCUAUUGCAGAAUGGUGUUGAUGUGAACUUGAGUGCCUCUCAAGAUGGGGCUCUCUUGUCAAUAGCUCAAUCUCACAUCUCCCAGAAAGGGGAUAGAAUUCAAACAAGAGUUACGGCACUUGACCGAGCUAAUGCGGAAGAUGCUGUACAUCCGCUUCCAAAACUCCAUCAGAAAGAGAAGAAGAGGAAACAUAGCAUGCGGCAUACAAUUGCAGCUGUUGAAAAUGCAAUGGUUGAUUCUGACCAAAAUAAAACUUGGUCUUCUGAUGCUGGUAAAUUGCUAAGAAUGGAAAAAGAUAAUGCUACGUGUCUUGAAGAUAGGUUGAGAGAACUGGGAAUUGUUGGUAAGAAAGAUGACAUAGGCAGAGAAGGCUACCUAUGGAAUUGUGGUAAAACUUCUAUUGAUGCAACAAUGUUCAAUGGUGCCCACCUAUUGGUUGGUGGUGACAUCCCAGCAAAGAAGAUAAGGGGACAUGUCAUAUCCAUGAGCCCUAAUGAUGCUUACAAAUUCCUGGAAUUCUUGGCAUCAACGUGGAAAACAAGCCCUGCCUGUUCAAAGGACAUACUUCCUUGGAUUUAUUAUAUUUUACUAAACCACCGGCGCUUUAUCCUUGCUCAGGAAUCUUCUUCCCAACUCCUUGAUGUAUUACAGAAGAUGACCAAUUUGAAAUGUUCAGCUGUUCAGACCUUGCUAAAACUAUCAGGUCGUGCUCAGCUCAUAAUGGCACAGAUUAAUAAGGCUGGAGAGGAUGGCACUCAGCCAAUGGAAAGUAAUCACCAGGAUGGUGAAAGUGAGGAUGAAGAUGAAGAUGAAGAUGAAGAUAUAGAUGAACUAGUUUAUGGAGAAGAUGAAGAUGAAUCCCAAAAAAGCAGUGGCGAUGCUGAUGAUGAUUAAUCUCAUAAUUAAAGCUUUACAUGUUAAUUCCUCAAUGUUGGUAUUAUUAGAUUACAAGUUCAAUCUUCAUCAUCAAUUGCUCAACUUAUUCAGCAUCUCACUUAAUCCAACAUGAUGAAACAACCAAAGUGAAGAACAAAAGUUAAGGUAUUACUAUUUUGCCUUUUUUUUUACUUGUAAAAACAAACUAAAAAUAGGAAAUGUUGUAUACUUCCUAUGAAAAUUUUGGCACUUCAUAUUUCAGUUAAUUAGAACCUUAAAUCUGAUGUCAAAAUUAAGGCUGUUGUGCACCAGAUAUCAGAAAAAAGCUGUCUUCAACUACAUUAAGUCAUUGUCAUCAUUUUGUCAUGUUUCUUUGAGGUUGUGGUGGAUUCAUGUCAUUUAGUUUUUUUGUGUGGUUGGUUGUGGGGCUCAUUUGAAUGGAUCUUUUUUUUUCUUUUUAA